UUGGCUCUAAAAAAUCAUCAUGAGAAGAAAGUUGUAUUUUACAUUUGUCUUGACGUACAUUGUUGUGUCGGCUUUGUGCGGCAGAUCCAUCGGUUCGAACGUCACACUCCAUUCUAACAUCAACCUGAAGAAAGUGAGAACGCUACUGGAGCAGAGAAAGCCUAUCGCCGUGAGCCGUGCCUUCUACUCGAACAACGAUUACCCCAUCUGUGUGCGUUCUCAUUUCGAAAUGUUCACACUCUCUGGGUACAUGCAUAAGUUAAGUUAUUUCGAGCAACAACCCAGGGGGUCUAGAAGGCGAGGCCGGCGGCAUUCGUUGAGGGCCUUCUUUGAAGUGAAGCUAAAACAGGUGGCCCAACUUCACGUCACUGCUUAUUUGGUAUGCAACAAGGCAAAAUGCAUGGUACUGCUCAUGCACCUUGACGGCUGUGGUUGA